UGUCGUGCAGUCAUGAGUUACUACACCAGAACAUACGUCACCGCCGUGCAUUCCGACGAAACCGAUGCGCUUCCGAACCCCACCAACGCGCCCAUCCGAGACUGAUCUUCCUCAGUGCCAGCUCUGAUCAUCUCCUAGCUCGGGGCACGAUUGAGACACAGGUGAACAGAGCGGCUCGAGCCUUGCACUACGCCCAUCCUCACAAUGGCGCUCAACUACGCAUCUCUCACCACAAUCCCCAUCAGCUACGCAUCCUGUUCCCUAGGGCCCCCAUCCUCACCACCACCACCACCCCUCCUCGAUCGCCUCGACGCCAUCUCUGCCGCCAACUUCACCGCCAUCGAACUCUCCUUCCCCGACAUUCUUUCCUACGGCGAGACGGUCCUCGGACACUCGCCCGAGCCAAAGGACUACGAUGAGCUCGUCAAGGUCGCCGAGGCCAUCAAGAAGGAGUGCGACAAGCGCAAGCUCGGCGUCAUGAUGCUGCAGCCCUUUGCCAACUUCGAGGGCUGGAAAGAAGGCAGCGACGGCCGGAAGGAUGCGUGGGAGCGGGCGCGUGGCUGGGUGCGCAUAAUGCAAGCGGCGGGUACGGACAUGCUACAAGUCGGCAGCACGGAUACACCGCUCGAGAAUCUCGACUUGGAUAAGGUGGUACCGGAUCUGCAGGGCCUGUGCGACAUGCUCAAGCCACACGGUUUCAAGGUCGCAUACGAGAACUGGUGCUGGAGCUCGCAUGCGCCAGACUGGAAAGACGUGUGGCGGAUCGUCGACGAGGUAGGCCGCGACAACAUCGGCCUCUGCCUCGAUACGUUCCAGACUGCGGGCGGAGAGUGGGCCGAUCCCACCACCGAAUCAGGCCUUCUCGACGACGUUUCGAAGAUUGAGCUCAUACACAGGUUUUCAGCCAGCCUGGAAGACCUGUCGAAAACGAUACCCAAAGACAAGAUCUAUCUCCUUCAAAUCAGCGACGCGUACGAAGUGCCUGAGCCACUAAGUAAGGAAGCAGACGAGUCGGGCUUGCGCCCGAGGGGGCGAUGGAGUCAUGAUUUCAGGCCGCUGCCUUACAGUGGAGGGUACCUGCCCGUCGUUGAUGUUGCUACCGCGGUGUUACGGACAGGAUUCCGAGGAUGGUUCAGUUACGAGGUCUUCGAUGGUGGCCCAGAUGGAAAAGGCAAGAAGCAGGAUCUCGCAUCUUAUGCGCAGACUGCUUUCAAUGUUCAGCAACGACUGGUUGCCGAAUGCGCAGGCAAGAAGUUUCCGCAAAAGCAGUAAAGGCGCGAUGCAUCUAAGCAUGGAUUCUACUUCUCUGCAUAUAUUCGAUAAUUGGCUCUCGACACUUGCUGCAAACGCUCCAAUAUGUGCAAAUUAGAGAAAAAAGAGUAAUUGCGAACGUUUGAAAGAUCGCGAGAAAUGGCUCGUGAGUUGCAAAAGACACCCGGGU